GAUCAUGUGACUACUUAGUCACGUGAUACUCCAACAACAAGGGAGUGCGUUUACGUCUCAUUUUAUAUCUCAUCGUUCAAGUUAAUAAAACAUGAUCCUCCGAAACCAAGCAUAUUCUCUAUCGGUCUUGUAUCAUAAUAACACAUAUCCUGCAUCUAAGCCAUUAACUAGUAAGGACUACUCCGUACACAUUAUUUUUACGAACACGAAUUAGAAAGAGAUCAUAAAGCGGUUGACCGAGCUGCCAAUGCCUGUCGUGAUAAGGCUUUAGCUUCUUCAUGAGCGUAUUCUUUAUGGCUGGGGUCGCAGAUCAUGUUAUCUGAUUGUAACCCCGCUCACGGUUAACGUUAACCCCAAAAAGCCUCCUACAUAUCAGAUACUUGGUAGAUUGUCAUACCCUUCCUAGUUCAACUCCAAGCUUCUCUGGUGCGCCUAUCUCCAAGAUAUCGGGCUUGUUAUCUUGGUACAGGGGUAGAGCUCACCGCAGGAUUACAUAUGACAUAUGAUACUAAACAAUGUAGUCAAUACCUAGAAAAUAGAGAGAGAGGUAUUAUACUAAUUCACCUACAACUUCAGAGAGAAACUGUGAUUCAGCCCGUCUGAAUUGGUUUGUUAGAUCGUGAGACUUUUUGGAUGUUGUAUAAUCCGCGCAAAGGAAUGCGACACUUCUUAACCCUAGAAUAAUUGUAAAAGAAAAUAGACAGGUAUAUAAAGAUGAGGGCUCAUACCAUACCCCUCCUGCUGCCUCUCAUCGGCACAGCAAUAGCAGUACCAUUCUCAAGCAAAAUGCAUAGAAGAACCGCUCUCGCUAUCAUCGACGUCCAGAACGACUUCAUCAACGGCUCGCUGCCGAACCCGCGAGCCCCGUCGAUCUUGCCCAAGAUCUACAAGCUCCUGGACAACCACGAAUGGCCGUUCAUCGUCGCGUCGCAAGACUGGCACCCCGAAGGCCACGUCUCCUUCGCCUCCGCGCACCUCGGCAUGUCCCCGGGCGAGGCCGUGAACAGCAGCUUCGUGGACACGCCGACGAAGCUCGAGACGCAGGCGCUGUACGCGGACCACUGCGUGCCAUCGACCUGGGGCGCGGAGCUCGAGGCGGGCGUGCAGCGGCGGCUGCACGCGCUCGAGGGGUUCCGCGCGCCCGUGCACUACGUCAAGAAGGCGCAGGACCACCGCGUCGACGCCUACUCCGCGUUCGCCGACAACCAGCACCACCGCUUCACGACGCUGCACUCCGAGCUGGGCCUGCACGGCAUCGAGACGCUGGUCGUGGCGGGCCUGCUGACGGACGCGUGUGUAAAGGGGACGAGCAUCGAUGCGGUGAAGUUGGGCUACGAGGUUGUGCUGAUCGAGGAUGCGACGGAGACGCUGGGGGACGAGGAGAAGGAGGAGGCGAUGAGGGAGAUGGAGGAGGGGUGGGGGGUUAGGGUUUUGAGGCUGGGGGAGUGGGAGGAGGAGGUUUGGGGGGAGAGGAGAGGGAGGGAGAGGAGGGUGGUGGGGGGGAUGGGGAUGGGGGGGAAGAGGAAGAGAGGGUUGUUGUUGUAGAUGGAUAGGUGUGUACUAUUUAUGUAGGUGGGAGGUAAAUUAAUAUGUAAGUCGGCGUUGUGUGUGGAGUGGCAAAAGAAGGUGGUGAUAGUUACUAGAAAGCCUCACGAAGGGGUGGUGAAGUGGGUGAGCAAAAAUAAAC